GUGUGACUCUGUGUUGUAGACGAAAAAUAACGAAAAUAUUGUUUUGUAUUUGUUUACGUUUGUGUACAAUUUUUAGGUUUCUAUUAAAAAAAUAUGUGUCUAAUAAAGCUUGUUACAAUUACAGUACAACUUUGUUUUCGCGUUGUCUAAUGCGAAUUAAUAAAUUAUGUCUAUAUUUUAUUCGGUCUUGUGGUAUCCCUACUCUAUUUUCUAAGGAUUAAGAAAUUGUAAUUAUCUCGAUUAAGAGGUGAAAAAUGUCGGAGGUGGACAAAUUGAAACGUCGUGUUAUUAGAACAGUGGCGAAAAUGACCCGUCAGGAGAAGAAGCCUGAACAAGAAAUAUGGGACUUUCUCAAAGCUGAGACCAAAUGUGAUUGCAAACUGUUAAUGGAACACAUGCGCAGUCUUACAAUUAAGAAAAUUAACCGUCUCCUGAUUGCUGAGGAUAAAAAGGAGAACAUCAUUCCUAAGUCAAGAAUGAAACUCACGGACUGGCUUCUUUUUGACAUGUUGCUGGUGCAUGAGGACAUUGACGUCAUUGGCGAGGAUCUAGAUAUCGAAGAGGACUUGCAACCGCUGUCGAGCCUCUUGGCUCUCGUGCAGGAGUUGCAGAUCGAAGGCAAGCAGGGAGAGGCGCUUGCACAAGCCUGGACAGCCGCAACCAUGGCCUACAACAAGGAUGGAAGAAAAUGUUCACCGAUGCUUUUGCAACGACGAUGGUACCAAUUAAAAAGAAUAUCUAGGUUGAAAUUCUUCAAGUUAUGGCAGUCUUGCCGGGACAAUACCCAGAAGUUGAGCACAUGCAAGGACGUCAUGCCUACCGAACUGCAGAAGGAGGUCGCUAAAAGAUAUCCCCAUAUUGUAACUAAACCCUUUAUGGAAUGGAACAAACUCAUCGAGUGGAAAUAUGUCAUAUUAUCUGAUGAAAUGGAAAAAAAUAUCAGGACUAAAAUUCAGCAGACCCCUAGUAUGAUGAAUAACGGAGAUUUAGAUUUCUUUGAACCUUAUAUUAAUACUAUCGACUUGGAUGCUGCUGAUUCUGAUAAAGAGAAAGAUGAACCAUGUAAAGAUUCGUCUGACGAACGUUUUCUACAGACAGAAGUAACAGUUAAAAUCGAAACUGUAGAGAAAAUAGCAACAGUCAAUAAAGAACCUUUAGUAAAAAAGACGUAUGCGAUGCGAUUAUUGGAAAGUUUUCCCAAUAUUGAUAAUGUGAAUUUUACUAUGGACCAUUCGGUUUAUGCGCCUGAAGGGAAUAAAAGCUUACAUAUUGAGGAAGGAAAUGAAAUGAUGGAAAUUAAUACUGAAGAAGUAAAAUCGCAAAACCAUAUGGAUCAUAUGGAUGAAAAUAAUAUGUACCAAGACUUAACUAAUGAAAAUAUACAUUCAUGUCAAGACGAUAUUGUACCCGUUAAAUCAGAAAAUAUUGAUUUAGAAAAGGACGAUGAGUAUUUAGAUACAGAUUGGGAUUUAAAACCUGAAAAAAUAAAUGAUACAACAGUGAUGCCUCACAUAAUCAACGUAAUUGAUCACGUCAGUGUUACAGAAGAACUUGUAAAAAAAUCAAUGAAAGAUAAAGACUCAGUACAUUCAAUGUCAGUUGCUGAUAUGUCUUUGGUAAGCAACCCUUCUGAGUCGAUUAGUAUAGACGAUGAAUCCGAUAGAAGCAUACAUGAUAAAUUUAAAUCUUUCUUAAACUGUCAAAAGAAAUCUCAGAAUACAGAAAGUGAUGGUUUAAAUGUACAACUGAUCCAUAAAAAUACAGAGAUAUCACACAAUGAUAAUUUUAGAAAUGGCAAUCUCAGUCUUAAUAUGGCUAUUCCUGUUGGUUUGACGUUCGCAGAUGAUGGACUUGAAUUUGUUGAUGAUGGCAUAGUGCCUAAUGACAACGAAGAUGUCAUAAAGCCUAUUCGUGAAAGUGAUAUAAAAGCCGGAAAAAAUGUUGAUUUAUUUCAAGAAAUUGAUAGUGACUUGAACGAUGACUGCAAAAAAGAGGGCGCGAUAAUUGAUUUUAAAUUAUUGUUGCGACCUGUGGUUUACACGACUAGACUAGAUCAAAUGGCUGUUUUUCGAAAUUCCGAAAUUGACAAUGUAAGGGACAUAAACAUUAUCAAUUGUGCUCUUGUUGAAAGUAAACCCAUAAUUAAAGAAGAAAAGGAGGAGGAAGUGAAUGAUGACUUGCCACAGGACAAAUCAAAAGAUAGCGACAAUGAGGAGUCUGAAAAUGCAACGAGUGAAUCAGAUGAUAUCCUGACUGAUAUGAGAGUGAGGUUAUCCAGUAGCAUAUUACAAAAACCUAGAAGUCGUAGUUACAAUUCUAUACAACUUUGCAAAAAUCCUGAUUUCAACAAGAGACUAAAGCAGUUAACAGUCGGCUUUUUGAGUUCGACCCGCAAUCGAUAUUUCUUAAAGAAACUUAAACCCCUAACUGUCGAUGUGAGUAAAGCUUUCGAAAGUAAAUUAAUUGAUGGCACCAUGUACUUAAUUGACAGCGAACAAUCCUGUGAAGGUACAUCAAUAGUUGAAGUAAAAGAUGACAUAAUAUGGCAUAUUUCGUCGCGUUCCCGAGAAUCUCCAGAAAAAGACAGACACUUGCGACCUUAUACAGGUGUGAGACAAUAUCGAAAUGUUAAUAAACCGAUGCCUAGAGUAUUUAAACAGACAAAUUUUCUCGAUCAACCUGUUACAACAAAAUCUGGUCCUGAGAAAAGUAAUAAAAAGAUUACUCCUUAUUAUUACUUUUCACAAUGGAAAAAUAAGCCAAUGUCGAGCACGCAAAGCACAAUUACAGAUGUCGACGAUGAUGUUUUACUUACGGUAGAUUCGCUCAAUAAAAUGUUGAACAUAAUGAAGACCGAUACAGUUGAAGAAAGUGAAAAACUAACAGCAGGAAGUGAAGGACUAAUAAUGGAACGAGAAGUAGAAGUAAAGCGUGGAUUAGAAGAAGACAAUUCUAGGAAACAAAAAUCUCAAGAUUCGAUAGAGAAAACUUCUUCAAAUAAUGAAGCUGAACUUAUGAUUGGUGAGGGCGAUAAAUCGAUAAACCUUUCCCCACCAAAAGUGGGUGUGUUUGGUUAUUGCUGUUGGGUGCGAUAUAAAAUUAACUGUCCCAGCAGUAAUCUGAGGCAUACAUGUCCUUAUACAUGUGAGUGCUGCUGUCGCAUGGAAUCGAUUGAAACGAAAAUACAAAGGCCACAGAUUAAAACUACAUAUGUUCGUAAAAAAUCAACCGCACCACCACUACAUUCAAUAAAUUCUAAUACUAGUAUAAGAUUGCAUGAACGAAAAAAAUCUGAAAUUUCUACACAAUGUGAUCCCGGUCAACCUGCACUCUCAGAAAGUGUAACGAAUAAUUCACAAGAAAAUGCUCAAUUGGCUGAUGAGACUAAUUUAUUCUCAAUUAUUACUAAAAUUGAUCGAACAAAAGAAUCAAAAUCUGUAAAUGAGGGUAUAACUUAUAAAGAUUUAUCAUGUAAUGAAAGUAAUGAUGAAAGGGUCAAAAAACCUCGAAUGAGUUUGCUACCAACGAGUGCUUUAACAUAUACUAACAAUGUGCUACCCUCAAGAUCAGUGAUUAACAAACCAACGUCGAAACCUCCUGUUCCAUUAGAACCGCGUAAAAAAAAUAUAAUCGUGAAAAAAUAUGUUCAGCGGCCUCAAUUAAUUGAGCCAGUUCCAUCGCAUAGCCUCAAGAAACACCAAUCAAUGGAAAAUUUGAUAUAUCCAAAUGCCAUACAGAAAUCUGAAGAUGAAACAGUAAACCCUUUAUUUUUGGGGGAUAAUAAUAAACUUUUAAGGGAAUGCAAAAUUCCAUCUACUUUAAAUUCAUGGAACAUUAAAAAAACAGUUCAGGUUCAGAAGCUUAAUCCGGGUAUUACCGUGCCUGAAGGUGUACACAUUAUAUUACAAGAAAGUGGUCAACUUACUUAUGCAGUGGAUCCUGUAGCCAAUGUAAGUCCUGAGGCAUUGACCAAUAUGCCUGCUUUAUUAGCAGCUAUACAAAAGGAUCUGGAUUCAACGAAAGCGCUGAAUACAACCUCACCUAGCCAUUUACAAACGGCUGUUAAUGGAACUUCCAUUACCACUAUAUCGCCAGGAAAUGAUGUAAAAGAACUAAAUUCAGUUACAUCACCCGCUCUUAUAAAAAAGCCACCAAUGAUUUAUGUAGAAAAAAUAACAGUAUUAACGGAAGAUCAAAAUGAUUAACAGGAUGGAGAAAAUGACCUUCCAGCAUUCAAUAUAUCGAAACCUACACAAUCGUUGCAAGAUAGUUUCCAUUUGGGAAACACAGCUAAAUCCAUAAGGAUUUCAAAUCUGUACAUAAAAAAAAACCGGCUAAGUGCGAGUCGGACUCGCCCACGAGGGUUCCGUACAAACCUGUAGGCUUAGAUUAAAACAAAAAGGG